AGCAAUUCAGCAAAAUAAAUUAGCAAAAACCCGAGAAAACAAAAACACAAAAUUUUGGGAUAAUUGAAUCAUUGAAAAUCCAGUGAUCUAGCAUCCUCGAAUGUCAAGUUGAAUUUUGCAACCUCACUUUGCAGAAAACACACAAAUUUUUAAAGUCAAUCAGCUAAGCUUUGAAAAUCCAGUAAGUUCACAGCAUUGAAUGUCGAGUUGAAGUUUGGGAUCUCGCUCUCUGCAGAAAACACAUAAUUUUUAAUUCAAUCACCGAAGAUAGGCGUUGAAAAUCCAGUAUGUUCACAGCCUCGAAUGAUAAGUUGAAGUUUCGUGCCUUGUUUGCAGAAAAUACAGAUUACUUGAAUUCAAUCAGCGAACAUAAGCGUGGAGGGGGCAAGGAUGAAGAGUAAUGAAGCAAAGAUGGCGAGGAUGGAAGACAUACUAAACCUACCAGUGCAAGAUCCUCCUUAUUCCGAGUUUUCUGCAGCUCAUAUCAAUUGGUUUAAAGUCGAAGGUGGUCGACAAGGUGGUGAUGAUAUUGCACUGAUUCCCUUUUCUAGAGUUGAUGAUUUUGUGAAAAGUGAAUCCAGCAAUGCAGACUGCCCUGCAAGGUUUCGUGUCGAAUCAAGAAGGAAGAGACCAGAGGGGAGUCUGAGCAGACCAAGAGUCGAUGGCUAUCUUGAGUAUACAUUGUAUUGGUGCUCUUAUGGUCCUGAAGACUACAGGGAUGUCGAACCUCAUAUAGGUGAAAACUCGAGCAUCAAACCUGCUUCGGGUAAGGGAAGUAGGCCAGGGAGAAGGCACAUGAUGCGGGGAUGUCUUUGUCACUUCACUGUUAAACGUUUAUACACCCGGCCUCUACUAGCUCUCAUCAUAUACAAUCAGAGGAAUCAUGUGGAUAAAACAGGAGCUCCCUGCCAUGGGAUACUUGAUCAAGAAGCUGUGGGAACUAGAGCUAUGUAUGCUCCUCGAAUAUCAGAGGAACUUCGUCAAAAGGUGAUGGCCAUGCUUCAUGUUGGAGUAUCCUUGGAUACAAUAGUCCAGCAUCACAUGGAAGAGGUGCAGAGGCAUGGGGGUCCCCAUAUCCGUGAUGAUUUCCUGACACGCAAUGACGUCCGUAACAUGGAAAGGCUUAUACGCAAUGCCUCACAUGAUUUGCAUUCCAAUGUUGAAAGCAGUGUGAAGAUAUGGGCACAACGCCACCAUAAGCAUGUGUUUUAUUUUGAGGAGAGUUCUGGUUCCGAAACGUUUGUAUUAGGAUUACAAACCGAUUGGCAGCUGCAGCAGAUGCUUCGCUAUGGACAUAGUGGAUCCAUAGCUCUUCAUACUGUAUCUGGAUCUAAGAGACUUAAGGAUACUUUAUGCUCUCUACUGGCAUUCGAUUCGUCACAUAAUGCAGUUCCAGUUGCCUGGAUUAUUACUUCCACUUCUCCUGGUAAUACUAAUACGCACAAAUGGAUGCUGUCCCUUGUCGAGAGACUACGUGGCAAGGACACAAGAUGGAGACCUUAUGCAAUUCUAGUGGAUGAUCCCUCUUUUCAGCUCUCGGUUAUUCGUGAAGCUUUCCAGUGUCGAAUUCUAUUAUGCCUCUGGCAUGUUCGUCGUGGUUGGCUUAAAAGCCUAUUAAAACACUGUCACAAUUUUGAUGUUCAAAGAGAGAUGUUUAAGCACCUAGGCAGGAUAUUGUAUUGCACAGGGAAUGUGUCGAGCACUGCUGUUGCGGUUGAAGAGUUCCUGCAAAUAUAUGUUGAUCAGUCUGAAUUUGUAGAGUAUUUCAGAAGUAAAUGGUUGCCAAAACUAGAUUUAUGGUUCAAUUGUGUGAGGACUCUCCCAGUGGCAGGGCUAGAGCAUUAUGCUUCAAUAGAAUCCUAUCACCUGCGAUUAAAAUCGAGGGUCCUCUCUUUGUUGGCGGAAAAAUCACACAGAAUUGACUUGUUGGUUCAUGCAUUGACAACCCAAUUUCACUCCUUCUACUGGUUCGACACAUACAUAGUGGAGACGGGGUAUUUUGAAAAUCUAAGGGAUAGAUUCAGUUUAACCAACCCAUGGUAUCAGGCAGUGCAUAUCUCGGAUAUGGAUGUCCUGCUGGAUGUGGAAAAUCUCCAGUUUGCAAAAGUUGCUUCUCAGGCAGAUAGUAGCAUGGCUUAUACGUUAUGGAAUCCUGGUUCUGAGUUCGGGUUGUGUGAUUGCUCCUGGUCAAUGGUGGGUAAUAUGUGUAAACACACAAUCAAGGUGGCAAUUUACUGCCGUAGUCGGCAGAUUGCGAGGCCAUUAUUGUCUGCUCAAGUUUAUAGGCAAACCUUGCUUAGCCUGCUACAGAAUCUUCCAGAUGAUCCUCUAGUUCUUGGACAUGCAAUUUCACUCGUGAAUCGCAUGAAACAAGACAUCAAAAACUUGGAGGAUUUGUCGAAUAGUGGGUUGUUACAGCCAGUGUCUUCAGGGACGAACUCCAUAUUGGCAGAAAAUAUUCAGCCAUUGCCACGGAUCAAUUGAUCUGGAUUAAUUAUGCAGGUCUUGCUUCCAAGUUUCAAUUCCAUAAAUUUUUGGCUGAAACUGAAGGGUAAAAUGUGUGACCCCCCUUUUCGUAGAUUCUAGCUUUUAAAUGGUAUCUUAAUGAAACCUUGGUCUUUUAGAUGUGUAUGUCUACUUGCUGUAACUGCUCAUAUAGCCUGAUCAUAAAAUUUUCACCAGGGUGCGUUUGCUCUAUGCUUCACAUUGAUAAUUAGGAACUACUAUUAUAAACUAAAACUCAACAUAAUUAUUCAUAUCAAUGUGGAUUUUUAGUUUUACAUGUGAAAUAAAAUGGCUGGAGAAGAUAAUGACUCUGAAAAUUGCAACUGUCGCAUUCGUUGAACAUAACUUUACAUUAUUCAAAGGUAGAAGCUCAUAACUUUACAUUAUUUCUUGAACAAAUGAAAAAACCGUCUCUCUCUCUCUCUCUUUUUAAAUACCUUUUUCAUCAUCUUCUAUAAGUUCCCUGAUCAGCUUUUGCACAAUGAGAUACUGGAACCUUGUGUUCGAAUUGUAUCGAACACUGUAUCAUACUUCACCUGAUGUGCAGGAAUGAUCUGAAGAUUGAAUCUCAUUGUCUCAGGGAUAAAUAGAAACAAAAGUUGUUCUAGUGGUGGUGGGAUAGCUUCUUAACAAGAAAGUGAAAGUGUGGAGUCUGAAAAUGGAGGUAAUCAAGGCUUCGGUGGUGGAUUUGAUGGUUGUUGACA